AAAAUAAUACAAAAGAUUUUAAAUACACAGCAAAUAAAUAUACAGCAAAGUAACAAGUAAUAUUAAAAAAUUAAUUCUAAUCGUGAUUUCACUCGUAAAAUUCAACCGAUUAUAAUAAUUUUUAUUUUUUAUUUCAAAUUUAUUUAAUUAUUAUUGUUUUUACAUUUAAAAAUGGGUUCUCACGGUAAAUUAGAAACUGAAAAAUUAAAAAAAAAUUUAGAGGCACAAUUGGAUAGAUUAGUACAGCAAUUAGAAGAUAUAGAAGAAAAUCGGAAUUUAUUAGAUGCAGCUGCAUAUGAAGAAGCUAUGCAGCUCACAAAAGAAGAUUUACAAGAAUUCAAUGAAAGUUUGCAACGAUUGAUAUCUGGUGAUACAACAUUAAUUGAUCAACUAAGUGCAAUACAAUUGGCUAUUCAAGCAGCAAUUAGUGAAGCAUUUAAAACACCAGCUGUUAUUAGAAUGUUUGGGAAACGUGAAACAUCACAACUUAGAAAUCGCUUAGCUCAAAUUGAAUAUGAUAUGAAACUUGGAAAAAUAACUAAAGAAGUUUGUGAUCUUCAGCGUGCAGAGGUACUAAAUGCACUUAGACAACUUGGUGAAAAAUUAGAACUUCAAGAAUUACAGUUAUUGGAAAAAUUAAUGCUUAAUAAUAUUGAUACUACAAAUUAUGUGCAAGUAACUGAAAAUGUAAAUAAAGGUCGAAUAGCCAUGGCAGUAGUAAGUGAUGAGGCUAGAAUUCAAAAUACUUAAAUCUUAGGAUAUUUUUUUUUUCUUAACAUUAAUUUUUAAUUUUUUAUAAACAAAUGAUAUUUUAUAUAAAUAAAAAAUUAAAUAUAAAAAGAUUGAUACAUUAAAAUUAAGUACUUUAAUAAAUUUA